AUGAAGCUUUCUGUCACUGUCCAAGCUAGGGUUCUCAAGGAGCUGAGCGACCGCUACCGCGCCAUCGACAUCGCCCGUCAGUCGGCAAUCUCUUCGAACGACGUCGUGCGGGUCGUAAACGCUGUUCGACAGCAGCGCGAGGAGCGAAUCAUCGAAGCCGACGACGUUCCCCGCCUCUUGAAGCUCGAGAACUUCCUGUACGAGAUCGCCAAAGACCCUUUCGGCCCCCUCCCCCCCGAGUACGCCACCUAUGUCUGCUCCGUUGCCCCCGACGAGCUAGACAAGGUUGCUCCCAAGACUGCGAAAACAUUCGAGCUGUACGAGCGGCAGAUCUUUUUCGAGGACUUCAAGAACCUCGCGGGAUGUCUUCGCCGAGCUGUGAAGGCCUACCCGGCCCUUGAACCACGUCUUGCGCCGCUCGUCGACACGGUUCAGUCGCGCGUGAGCCAUCCUGGACCAGCAUACCUGUAUUACACAGGGUGCUGCGUCAGUGGCUCGCCAGGCUCACGCGCGACCGAUGACUUCAAGAUCACAGGUUCGCUUUUUACAAACCUCGUGAAGCUCUGGCAAGUCAAGCAGGUCAAGGUCUACAAGGUGAACGUUCCGCCAGUCGAUAUCGAUGUCUACGAGUACCGAGCCGCCCGUUGCCUCCAACUGGAAGAGCAUUCGUUGAUCACGCUGAGAUACCCGCUCUGCUUCAACUCGACGGCGGGUGGCUUCUGGCAUGAGUACCGCCUCGACAUCUUUGAUGUGCAGGAACGCACCCUUCUCCCCCAUGAUCCUGUUCCUUCCUCUCUGGCUGAUGCCGUUCGCCGUCACAUUGUGGGUAUGUACAACUCGUAUGCCAGUCGGCCAGAGUCAUCAUCCCGACGCAUCAACCCUGCCACGCUCGAGAGCCAAGUCCUUGCCGCCACGCCGCGCUUCACUUUUGAGCGCCGCGUCCCUAUGGUGGCCAUCUCCAAGGACAUCACGGAAGAGGCCUUUUAUGGAAGGCACGCAGAACUCGGGUAUCGAGAACGACUCGCUGGACCAGGGCCCCAGGCCACCAACUCCGCGUUGUUGUACCAGAGCGGCAGCGAUCCUUACGCCGCGACCACGGAGGACCGCCUCCAUCUGCUGCCGCCAUUCCUUUCGAUUCUGGGCUGGCCUGUCGUUGUAUGGGCAGAAUCAUCUGAAGUUGUGGCCGCCUUCAAGGAGGACGCUUUCGCAGUGAUCAGUCUCCAGGAUGGCGCCUUCAACUUCUACGCCACCAUCUCCCAACAACCUCCUGCGGAGCCCGGAUUCGACAAGAAGCACACCGUUCAGAUGUCCAAGUGCGCCGGAGAUGCGUUCAUUGCGAAGCUCGGGGAGGGCAAGUAUACCAUCGUCCUCAUCAACUAUCACCGCGGGUUGAUCAAAUACGACCCCGAGUUUGCGCAGGAUCGCUGGCGACUCCAGCUCGCGGCGGACGCUUCGCACCAGGCGCGGGUUGCAGCGUACUACAACUCAUGCGUAAUCUUUGGCGAGAAGGCUGUGCCCCAGCACAUCCGCUCCGAGCUCAUCAACCUACGACAAAUUGUGCAGGAGCGAGAGCACGUAAUUCUAUCUCUGCGCAAGAGGAGUGCAGGAGCGCGCGGAGCGAACAUUGGGAUGACAUCGGAGCAGGCCAAGGCCGUCGCCGCCAAGACCAACGCCGCACGCGAGAAAGCGCUCGGACGCAAGACGACCAAGGGCAUCGACGAUCCUCGCCGCGUCGCUCAGUUCGAGCGACUUCUCGCCGAGCAGAACGACUUGCUGGCUCGCCACGACCCCGAUCCUCACCACCCUUGUCGGCCUGACAACUUUUCGCUUGAUGAAUGGCGGUCAUGGCUUAUGGGCCUUGACGAGGGACAGCAGCUCUUGUCCGCUAGGCGUGUGGGCAAAGGGUGUGAGGAGGAUGGCAAGGCGCUAUCUGAGUGGCGCGCGGCCAACCCCGGGAAGGGGUGGCAGAAUGCCAUCUCACCCGAGGAUGCUGUGAUCGCCCUCGCAGUCGAGACGGAGUAUAUCCCUCACGACAUCAGCAUUGUCACCUGCCCCGACUGUGGACAGAGCGUUCCUGGUUCGCGACGUCACGGAUCGACAAGAGUGCUGCACAAGUGCUCAGCCCGCGGCACUGGCUCGGCUGCUGGCGGCGAACAUGUUUCCGCGAGCGAUGUUCAAACGGGCGACGAGCACGACGCGGCGAGCGACAGCGAGCGCGACGGCGACCUUGGCGGCAACGAUCGGGGCGACGACACGUUCGCGGCUGGGAAACGACCAGCGGAGUACGUCGCAGACCGUCUCGACGAGAUCAUGAUCAACUGGGUCGGCGACGAUGUGGGCCUUGCAGCACUGGCAGGCUCCCGUGAAGAUCUGGAACUAAUCAGCAUCGACACUCACGAGUGCCUCAGUCGCGCCUCCACCGACAUCGCUGCUCUGGGCUGGGCUGAGGUUCUACCCCCCGGGUGGCAGCGUCUCGACCUUCCGCCCGUCAUAGUGCACAAGAGCUCCACGAAGGAGUGGAUUAUGGCGAAUGCGAUUGGCAUGGCGCUGUCGCGCUCUCCCGGCCUUCCCGCCCUGGAGCGCCUGGAACCGUUCAGCAAGCAGGGUGCAUUGAAGAAGUACCUCACGAAGACCAUCGAUCUCACGGGCGUGUACGAGUGCAGUAAAAUCGACUGCUCCUUUAUCCGACCUUACCGCGUCGCUCUGCACGACUGUAUCAAUCAGUCGGGUCAAGGCAUUCCGAGCGUCACGAGUGCCAGGGCGAAUCGACAGAGCAGAACGAUGAGGAGGAUUAGCAAUGUCAGCUUUCACGACCUGCCGUCCAAGAUCAAGACCUGGUCAUGGGCGUCCUUCGUAUCGGCCAGCAAUCCCCUCAAGAUCGAGGCCAAGCUCUUCUCCUCAUCAUCGUCAGGUUCAACCGCAGCUGCCAGCCUGCCCUCCUCUCCUGCCUUUGGGCCCAGCAAGAUCGCAAAGAUCUCGAACAAGGCCGCGCCAGGGACGCGGACGCAGCAGCGAGCGAAGCGCGUGGCGGAUCCCAGCAAGGAAGCGGUGGCCGCGGAACCCAGUGCUGGUGCUGGGCGGUCAGACAGCAUAAACGCGCCCGUCGGAACAGCGUCUAGUUCGAUUCGGCCGACGAACAGUCCGGACAAGAGCGUUGACGAAGUUGACGGUCAGGGCGGAGCGGUUGCGGAGAGGCCGAAGAAGAGGCUGCGUAGGAGGAGCGUAGCUGGACACUAA